UUAGAAAGCGAAUCGAAUUUUGAAGAGACGAGAACACGUGUUGCCAAAAAAUGUAUUAAAAUCUAUCUAGUGUUCUAAUGUAUUUUAAAUUAAACAUUUUUAGUGAGUGUUGUUACUUAUGAAUUAUAGGCUUUUAAAUAAUUGCUAGUUAACAGUUUUUGAUUAAUAUUAAAAAUAUAUAUACAUGUAAUUCUUCCGAAGAACUUUUACAUCGCAAAAGCUCGAUGCUGAAAGUAAGGUAACCCUUUGGAUGUGGUUAAUUAUUAUAGAAUGCAUUACUACGAAUUUUUAUUUACGGGGAGAAUUAUGGAGUUAUUUUCUUACGGAGUUCCAUCAGCGUUGUUGACUUUCACUUUUUCUAUGAUUCUAGCUUUCUUAGCUAUUGCGUUCUAUUAUUACAAAUUAAGUAAGCCUAAAGUUCCUGCAAAAAGAAUACCGGGUCCAAAAGUGAAUGGAAUAAUAACGAAUGUUAUACCUCUGAUUAGUAUCUUCAGAAAUAAAUCUGCAAGCAAUUUAGUCCUAUUCUUUCAAAUGGUGUGUGCUUAUUCCCAUGUUUUUCAAAAAGAUGGAAUGUGGCUAUUUUGGGGAGGUUUCAAGAAAAUUUUAAUUCUCUACAAAGCAGAAACAGUUGAACCUGUAUUGAGCAGUAAUGAUAUUCUUAGUAAAGGGUUUGAAUACGACUUACUCGCUCCUCUGUUGAAAGAAGGAUUACUUAAAAGUAAAAGAGAUAAAUGGCGGUAUCGACGGAAGUUGCUGACUCCCUCCUUCCACUUCAGAAUAUUGGAUGAAUUCAUUCCAGUCUUCAAUGAACAAGCAAAUAUUUUCACGGUAAAAAUAGCUGAAGGAAUGAAGAAAGAAACUUCGAUCAACAUUGCAUCAAUGACUUCUCUCUGCACUUUGGAUAUCAUAUGUGAAACUGCAAUGGGAAAGAAAAUAAAUGCUCAAACAAACGAGUCACCAUAUGUUAUAGCUUUGCACAAAUUUUGUAAACUAGCUACUGAAAGAAUAUUACAGCCGUGGUUGUGGUAUGAUUUUCUUUAUUAUUACACGAAAGCAGGAAAGGAACUCAAUCAAUGCAUGGCAAUAAUGGAUACAUUUACUCGACAGGUGAUAGCUGAACGCAAAGCUGAAAUUUUAAAAGAGAGAGAAACUUUAGUCGAAGAUGAGUCCAACAGUAAUGUUGUAUACGGUCAAAAAAGUAAAAGACGCUUGGCUUUGCUUGAUACGUUGCUCGAUCUGCAUCUCAAGGAUGCCACUUUCACUUUGGAAGAUGUUGCUGAAGAAGUUGACAAUUUUAUGUUUGCUGGACAUGAUACUACAUCUUCAGGAUUAAGCUUUGCUUUUUAUUUGCUUGGUCUUCACCCAGAGAUUCAGAAAAAAGCUCAGCAAGAAAUCGAUGAUGUUUUAGGAGAUGAUGUCGACAGGCCAAUUACAUUGGAUGACAUAAAAGAACUCAGAUACCUAGAUCAUGUUUUGAAAGAAACUAGGAGGCUAUACCCACCCACACCAUUUAUUGCAAGAGAUUUAGAAGAGGACACAUUUAUUGAUGGACAUCUCAUUCCAAAAGGUACCAGUUGUGGUAUUCUAAUUUACAUGCUUCACCGGGAUCCAAAUGUUUUUCCCAAUCCUGAAAAGUUCGAUCCGGAUCGUUUUCAGAUUGCCAACUCUACCGGCAGGCACCCAUUUGCUUAUGUUCCCUUUUCUGCUGGCCCUAGAAAUUGCAUUGGACAACGGUUUGCUACUUUUGAAGCCAUUACCGUGUUGGCUACUGUCUUAAGAAAAUUCAAUUUGAAAUCUUUGGAUGCCUUAGACAAAAUCCACAUCACGGAUGAACUUGUUUUGCGAGCGGAAAAUGGAUUGCGGAUGGUAUUCGAGCCACGAAAGAAAUGAAACCAAGAAUAAGUUUAAUACUGUACUUUUGUUUUUCUGCAUCAUCAUUUAUUUAAUCUUUGUAAUACUUCUUGUUAAAUAUUUGUAAAAUAAAUCGACCUUUUUCUUCGUUA